AUGGACCUUCCAGCACCGAAGCCCAGCGUGGGUGCUCGAAUUAAAGCCCACCUCAAGAAGUGGUGGUGGGUGCAUGUUAUCAUCGCGGGAGUGGUGGUCUUGGUGAUUGUCCUUCCAGUGGUGUACGUCGGUUACCCAAGGAUCGCACGAAACGACGUGAACAAAUCAACCCUGAACGUUACGAGCAUGAUCAUCACCGACCCUUCCCCGGGAUCGUUCCAUCUGAAGCAGACGCAGGUAAUCGGAACUAGCAGCGCAUUUAAACCAACUAUCUUUGGAUUCUCGGCUGCCGUGUCGUUGCUUGGGGCUGUGCCUUGGGGCAACGCCCAGGUGCCGGAUGUUAAGGCUGAGGAUGGAGCAGUUGUGCAUAUCGAGGAGCAGAUCAAGCUCAGCAAUGAGACUGCGUUUGGGGAUUUUGCGAAGGCGGUUUUGUUGAAUGAGGAGUUUGACAUGAAUAUUUAUGGGGAGCCCAAGUUGCAGGAGGGGGCUUUGCCCAAGGUGGAUGUGACGUACAACAAGACCGUCACUAUUAAAGGCCUGAACAAGUUGAACGGAUUCGACAUUACCGAAUUCAAGAUCCUGACCAAAGAUGCAGCCGACGGAACCAACACGGAGGGAACAGUGUAUAUUCCCAACCCAACCGUUAUGACUCUCACCUUGGGCAACGUCACGAUGGACCUCUCCUCCAACGGCACGCACAUCGGCCAAGCUUUCCUGGACGACCUCGUCCUCAACCCAGGCAACAACACCGUCCCGAUGCGAUCCACCGUCGACAAACUCAAAGUCAUCACCAUGCUUCCGUCGAAUUCGAUGCUCCCCGUGGAUAUCCGCGGCAACUCUAGCUUGUACCAUGGCCGCGAACUGCCGUAUUUCUCCGAGGCGUUGGCGGCGAAUGAGCUCCGUACGACAUUGGAUGUUGGGAAGGGGUUGUUGAAUGGGAUGUAA